GCGGGGUUGGCCAAGAUGGCGUUGCUGGAGGAAGAAGAGAAGGCGUUGCUGGAUGAGGACUCGCGGCCCAAAGAGCUUGGCGGCCCUGCGCGAAAGCCCAUGCCGGCGUUGUGCGACCCACAGCGGCUGGCCCACAGGCUGCUGGUGCUGGCGCUCAUGUGCUUUCUGGGCUUCGGCAGCUAUUUUUGCUAUGACAAUCCAGCAGCUCUGCAGACUCAAGUUCAGAGGGAUAUGAAAGUAAACACAGCUGAAUUCAUGGCACUGUAUGCCUGGUAUUCCUGGCCUAAUGUGAUUCUCUGUUUCUUUGGAGGCUUUAUGAUAGACAGAGUAUUUGGAAUAAGGUGGGGCACAAUAAUAUUCAGCUGUUUCGUCUGUGUGGGACAAGUAAUUUUUGCUGUGGGAGCAAUAUGUAAUGCUUUUUGGUUGAUGGAAUUUGGCAGAUUUGUAUUUGGGAUUGGUGGUGAGUCCUUAGCAGUGGCACAGAAUACCUAUGCUGUGAGUUGGUUUAAAGGAAAAGAAUUAAAUCUUGUUUUUGGACUGCAACUCAGCAUGGCUAGAAUUGGGAGCACUGUGAAUAUGAAUAUUAUGGGAUGGGUGUACUGGAAAGUUCAAGAUAUGCUUGGUUCUACAGGCCACACCACUCUUGGCAUAGCACUCUUGAUAGGUGGUACAACAUGUAUCUUUUCACUAGCUUGUGCUCUUGUUCUUGCUUAUCUGGACAAAAGAGCAGAGAAAAUUCUUUGCAAAGAACAAGGGAAAACUGGUGAAGUGAUAAAAUUAACUGAUGUGAAAGACUUCUCGUUAUCGUUAUGGCUCAUAUUUAUUAUCUGUGUUUGUUAUUAUGUGGCUGUCUUCCCUUUCAUUGGACUUGGAAAGGUUUUCUUCAUUGAGAAAUUCAAAUUUUCUUCUCAAGAAGCAAGUGCAAUUAAUAGCAUUGUGUAUGUCAUAUCAGCCCCAAUGUCCCCUGUUUUUGGAAUUCUAGUAGAUAAAGUUGGAAGGAACAUCACAUGGGUUAUCUGUGCAGUGGUGGCAACUCUAGCAUCUCACAUUAUGUUGGCCUUUACUUUCUGGAACCCUUGGGUUGCAAUGUGUUUGCUUGGAGUUGCGUAUUCCUUGCUUGCCUGUGCCUUAUGGCCUAUGGUAGCUUUUGUUGUUCCAGAACACCAACUGGGAACUGCUUACGGCUUCAUGCAGUCAAUCCAGAACUUGGGUCUUGCGAUCAUUGCCAUUGCUGCUGGUAUGAUUCUGGAUUCCCGGGGAUACUUGUUCCUAGAAAUUUUCUUCAGUGCUUGUGUGUGUUUGGCCCUCAUCGCUGUAGUCAUGUUGUACUUUGUGAAUUUGUUCAGAGGAGGUGAUCUUAACUGGUCUGCAAAGAAAAGAGAAAAAUUACAGAAGCUAGCCAUGGCUCAAGCAAAAAGACGGGAAAAAAUCAGACGUCAGAAUGAAGAUGAUUUAGUGAAAUUACAACCCAAGAAUGACUUUAGUUUGAGGAAUAGGUAUCUCUGCAGAUUAGGUGCUCAGCUACCAGCCAACUAUGUUUGCCACUUAUCUGCACUGGCACACAGAAGUGUGUUGAAAUAGCAGAGUUGUGUCAAGACAUGGACAAACAAAAUAAGAAAUUGUAUCAACACAAGACCUCAUUCUUCUAUAGCAGAGAACGACAUAUAGAAUGACAACAGAACACUAUUUAGUAAUUUUCUGCAAACAGAAAUAAUAGCUGAUCUCUUAGAAGAUUUUAAAGAUCCUACGUUGAACUCUACUAUAGUGGAUGGGUAGGAAUUUUUUAAAAUGGUGUUCAUGGAUUUUUAUCUAUUUGCUUCUUUGCUUAGAACCCACAUCUGUUUAUAACAUUAAACUUAAGGGACAGUUCAGAUUUGGUACACAAUUACCUAAUAUAAUUGUAUACCAGAUGUACACUGUGCUUGUUUAUCCAUGCAUCAGAAUAAUUACACUGUGUCUCUGUAAUGGACAUUACAUUUUUGUUCUAUGUUCUUUCACUCUAAGAAAGAGAAGUAAUAGAUAUUAAUGAAGUAGACUAUUUCUAUGAAAUGUAUAGCUUUUAGUAAAUUUUUUAAAACUUAUUUUAAAACUUUACAAUUUUUUUUCAGUACAGUGAGCAUGGACUGAACAUAACAAAAAUUAAGAUUAACAUGACAAAAAUUAAGGUACUGCAUAAAUAUUUCAGGUGUUACAUUACCUUUAAAAGCCUUUAUAAAAAUACAAAUUAACUAAAAGUGGCUAUCACAAAAAGAAAUUAAAGUUAGGUAUUUUUGUUUUUUAUGUUGAUAUAAUACAGAAAGUUUCCUGUGGAAAUUGCUCAUUAUCUGUCAGUAUAUUUUCUUAGCAAGGGAAUUGUAGAAAAUAUGUAGGAGAAAGUUUGAAAAGUAAAACUUCACAGUUCAUUGCAAUAAUAAAGUUAUGUUUUUGUAUCUGUAAGUGAAAUGGGUUACAGUCAGCAGCAUUCUUGGGGAAAUCAAAAAAGUCAAGAUGGUGGUCAUGACAGCAUGAUGGAAGCUGUGCCCCUUUGCACGUAAGCUGAUGUUGCAUGCACAAUGGGGUGGGGCUGGGUUUCAAUUGCACUGCCUGCUCUUUUUUUUUUUUUUUUUUGACCCUACGCCCAGCAGAUACCACUGGUUACAGUCCAAUUGGAAACUAAGCUUGGUGUUGUAGUUUUAGACCACUACAGUAGGAGAUCCUUUAAUACGAGGUUUGUCUUGGAUAUAUAGGGCUGGAACUGGACUUGUAUUACAAAUAGAAGUAUUUUACCAAGCCAUUUGGAACAGUUUUUUCAGAGGUCAAAGCUUCAGGGGUAAAAAUGAGCAAAAACCUGUCUUCUCUCCAUCUAGGAGCAUUGCUCAAAGGAUGUCUGGUUCCAACAUUGGUACUGUCAUAUUAACAAUUAUUCUUGCUGAUGGUGUAUGUAAACUGGAUAUUUUUAAGUCUGAUAAUAGUUUUGAGCCCAGGAUAUUGUGCAAAUGCUCUUUCUGAAGUAUCUUAGUCUUCUUUUAUCUAAAAUAAGUCUCUGUUAAGUAACAGAAGCCUCUGUGGUGAGAAAUUCAGUGUCUUGAACCUGUAAUUUCGUUGAAGCUUCCUGAACAUGCAAUUUCUCUUUCCUUCACUAUAAAGGUAUAUUUUGUAAGAGACUGGUUGUGGAUAAACUGAUGAACUAGACUUCUAAGCUAGCUGAACUCAUUUUUAUUACUGGGAUGGAUUUCAUCAGGAAAACAAAAUGAAAAAUAUUUCAUAGAGAACUGCAAACUAAAAAAGGCUGUUCACUCAUUUGUACAUGUAAUUUGUUGCCUUUCCUGUUAAUAAAGUCCAGUAAGCACAACAAGG